CGGCUGUUGGGAAGCGGCUUCGAAGCAGCCAGAGCUUUGGGCGUCCGGGGAUCUGCAGCCCUCUGCUGCCUCGCGGAGAGCGGAACCUUUAUCUUUAGAGAGUGCGGAAAUGAAAAGAAAAGUGGGGAGUUCAGGCAGGCUGAGACUGAGCCCCAAUGAAGAAGCCUUUGUUUUAAAGGAAGAUUAUGAAAGAAGACGGAAAUUAAGGCUGCUGCAGGUUCGAGAACAAGAAAGGGGCAUCGCUUUCCAGAUAAGAGAAGACAUAAAACGGAGGAGAAACCAGCAGUUUGUUCGUCUGGCAGAAGAGCUGAGGGCAGAAUGGGCAGAGUCACAGACUCAGAAAAUCAAGAAGCUGGAAAAGCUCUACUUGGCGAGUCUGAGAACGUUGGGCGAGGGCCACCAGCAGGCAACAGUGCACGAACCUGAUUUGAACGCUCUGGAACAGCAAGCAGCAGAAAGAAAACUAAAAGCAGAAAUCAGACAUAAGGAGGCCCUGAAGGUGCAGAAAGAUCAGAAGGAACAAUUAAUGAAACAAAAAACCUGGCACCUGCAGGCCCGCAAGGACGCCCUGCUUGUGGAGAAGGAGAGAUCCGCCAGAGUGACACGGCUGCCACCACCACCACCACCACUGUUUGAGAACAUCGACCUAAGUAGGAUCCCCCCCGUGAGACCCAGCUGUGAUUCCUACCAUCAUCUCAGCAGCCUGGUGAACCGAGAGAUGGACACAGGGCAGCCAGACGCUCAUUUGGCUGCUGAAGAAGAAGCUAAAAGGCUGGAAGACGUCGAGCAACAGGCCUCCCGGGAGAGGGCAGAGCGCUGUGAGAAGGCCCACAUUCGUGGCUCCCGCGCGCUGACCAGGAUCCGGCUCGCUCAGAACCAAGAGAAGCUCCUGAGAGAGCUAAAGCAGCUGCAGCAGGAGGACCUGGCACGGCGGAGGCAGACGGUGGCCCAGAUGCCGGCUCAACUGGUCGAGCUGCCCUACCGGCGCAGCGAGAUGAAGGAGGAGUGGCAGAGAGAGCUGGAGUUUGCCUUUGAGGACAUGUACAACGCGGACAGGAAGGUGGAAGGGAACCUGGUCUUGCACCUUGAGCCCGAGCCUCUGCCCGUCGUGGCCGAUCAGAUCCGAGACGAAGACCUGGACCUGUCCAUGGAGCAAGAGCUCCUGGGGGACACCACGAGCCCUGCCGUGGUGGACGUGGCUGUGCCGAGCACCAGCGAUGCCGACGUGAAGCCCCAGCCGGUGCCUUCGAAGUUGCUUUUUAAGAAAUUGCUGAGCAAGAUCCGAAACCAGAAGUCUCUGUGGACAGUCCAGUCUGUGUCUGAGGAGGAGGGCAGCCUGCCCACGUAUGCCGAGGGCAGCAGCAGUCAGGAGCCCUCAGCCGAGACAGAGGUGUCUGCCGCCACUGAGAGCGAGACCACGGUGACAACGGCGACCGACAUGGCAACUGACUCGGGGCCCUUCCCCACGAGCCUGCCUGCCCGUGAGGCCGAACCUAGCGAGGAAGCAGGGAUGCCUGAAGUGCAGCCUGUUCCCUCUGUGGCCGCCGAGUCCAUCGAGUCCAUGCUGCUGCACCCACAGGAGGUGGCCACCAAAGUCCGGAUGGCCGCAAGGCGGCGGCAGAUCAUGGAACUCGAAGAGCAGAAACAAAAGCAGCUGGAAUUGCUGGAGCAAAUCGAGCAGCAGAAGCUCAGACUAGAAAGUGACCGCUUCCGGGCCCAGCUGGAAGAGAAGAGAAUGGCAGCCCAGCGGGCCAAGGACUGUUCCACCUCCACGCCAAGCUCCCAGGUGGCUGAGGACAGUCACAGGCAGACAAUCCGCAGUUACCAGCGUCACUUGUUGCAGCAGAAUAGGCUUCACAGGCAGACGGUGCAGGCGGCUCGGAAGCAGCUGCUGGAGUUCCAGAGCGUGCUGAGAGGGACACACCUGGGGCCCGGCACGGCGGGUCUCGCACCCGGGUUGCGUCCUGGGCUGCAUCCUGGCGACUCCAUGCAGGGCCUCCUGCUGGGCGGGGCAGUGUCCACAGACACGCCCAGCACCUCCGCUCUCUUGGCACAGACCCCUCAGGCUGUGGUGCACCCCCAUGGCCCCGACAGCUCUCCUGGCCCCCACCAAGCCCCAUCUCACCACACACUGCCUGCAUCGCGCAGUGCCAGUGGGGAGGCAUCUGCCCAGCCGAGGGGGCCACCAUCACUGCUCACGUGCAGCUCGCGGCCUGCGGCUUCUGGCAUGAUCUUGCCGUCCUCGGACAAAGGUGCCACCCGGCGAGACCUCCUGCAGCUGCUCCGGGAGCAGCUGGACGUGCAGAGGGAGGCCUUACAGUCCCAGGAGGCUCAGAAGCGUCUGCAGCCGGGUGCCUGCUUCCCCCUGCCGCCCCUGGGCUUCUCGGCUCCGCAUUUUCCGGCCAGCAAAGGUCCUGGGCAGGGCCCAGAGUCCUCUCCCCUCGAGGGUGACCCUGGCAUGUUCUCAGGCCACCUGGGGGACCCGCAGCCUGUCUGGGUGUCGGGCCAGGCAGCACCAGGGGCUGGCAAACAGGAGGCCGACCCCCAGCCCCAGCCCCCACUCACCCUGCCGCCCGCCGCGGACACCCUGUCUGCUGAGCUCCCAGAGCCCAACCUCUGUCCCCCAUUGGGCCCGGCCAGGCCUCUCAGUGUCCUGCACCAAUUCCUGCCACUGCACAACUGCCUGAAGCUGCUCCAGGCCCAGCUGGCCACUCAGUGGGAGGCCCUCGCUGCCAGGCAUGAUGCCCAGGCCCAGCUCCUUGCCCGGAGACUCUGGGACCCUGGGCACAGCUCGGCCGGGCAUGGGAGCUCUGCACAGGUGCCCGGCCCAUGCUCCCCCACCCAGGAGAGGCCCCUUCCUCCCAGCCCCCAGCACGAGGAGCUGUGCCCAGUGACGGUGCCCGAAGGGGCCCGGACCCCACCAUUCCACGAGAAACUCAAGAAGGGCUCCCAGCCCGUGCCCCCUGCUCUAGAUAGUGUGCAGGGGGAUCGGGAGACACUUGACUCGGGGGACAUCCCUGUCCAGGGCCAGAAAAGCCUGGAGAGCCUGCCCUCAGAGCCCGCCGGGCCCCAGGAACUGCCUGCGGAGUCAGACCCUGGCCAUGUACAGGCCUUGGAACUGCAGGCCCGGCUCCAGAGACUGUCACGGCUCCUGCAGCCACAGUGUGGGCAGCUGCAGGCACUGCAGGAGCGGCUGGUGGCCCAGAGGGCAGCCCUCACCUGCACCGGGGAGGCCCCGGUGCCCUCGGCACACCUGCUGCCCCCUGACCACAGCAGCCUGGCGGCUCUGCAGCAGGAGCUUGACAGCCAGAAGAAAUCACUCCGUGCCCAGCAGGCGGCACAAGAAAGGCUUCUUCUGCAGCGGCUGCAGGAGCUAGAGCGGAGAACAUGUGUCCCCCCGGAGUGUCCUGGUGUCCUGGAUGUCGCUGCAGAGGGCCAACCGCCGGCCGAGCUGCUUCCCUGCCCGUCAUUGCUCGUCCCUGCCACUGUGCCAGUGACCAGCUUGCCCCCUGAGCCCCUGCCCAGAGCAGUGCCCAGACCUCCACGGCCACCUGUGGCCAGAGUCCAGAGCGGGCUAGAGCUGCAGCAGCACGAGCUCAGCCUUAUCCCGGAGAGCGAGUCCCCCGCACCCUCAGACUUUUGUCAAGACAGAGACCCCCUGCGAGUCUCCAUCAGCCGGGAGCAGAGCCCGCUGGGAGACGCGCUGGCCCAACCUGCGUCUACUCGGCCGCCACUUGUUCAUGCGGCUGCUGCUGGGGCAGUGAAGGGGCCGGAGGAGCCUGAGCUUCGUGGUGCGGUUCUCAGCUGUACCGUGGAGGCAGUCCAGACGCGUCACAGCCCAGCCCUGGAGCCAGCACAGGUGGGUUUGCAGGAGACUUAUCACGAGCCACUCUCAAUAACCAUUUCUACCGGGAGCUUUUUAAGUUUCGAGAACCCAGAUUUGAGCCUUACGGAUUCAGAUUCCUUUUCCGAGAACGUGGGUCCUGAUCUGCAGGCCGAGGCGGAAGUGUGUCUUGGCUUGGCCCCUCUGGCUGCUCACCCAAGGCCAGACCCUCUGGACAUGGCUGCACUGGUGUUGCAGAGAGCAGAUGCGCACCAGGAGGACUCUAGCUCCACAGCCCAGACUCCGACCCCGCCAGAACCAGAAGCAACCUUCCCAGAUGUGCACCAUCAGCAGUUUAAGCCCUUAGAAGCACAUCUGGAUCUGGACGUGUCGCCGCUGUCCUGUGGGCUGAACCUUUCCCAGGCCUCAGAGCAUUCCCGUGAGAGCUGCUCCAGCGUGCCGUUGCCCACCAGUUCCAGCUCCAGCACCUCGCUGAGGGUCUGCCCGCACCCUCUUCUCACUACAGGCUCUGCCUGGCCGCCUGCCCCUACCCCGGCUUACACCACAGCUCCAUGCUUAGCCGACCAUGCUGAGAGUUCCCAACAAGCCUUUCUUCGCCUCCUACCAGAACUGUCAUCGCCGGAGAACCAGCAGGCCGAUUUACCCAGCAUUCUCAGCAUUGAGGCGGGAGACGGCCCUGGGUGCCUGGACCACCAGGACCCUUCUGAACGGCUGGAGCAAAGUCCAAAGAAGAUUCACUUCCAGUUCCCUGUGGAAUUGGCCGUGCCAUCACCUAGCGAGGCAUGUGCAUUACACAGGUUGCUGCUCCUGCCCAGCCAGGCCCUCCCAGAAAGGCAGCUCUCUGGUGCUGCUUCUGAGCUGAGUGUGGAACUGCACAGAGGACCCAGGGAGGUCAGUCCCUUGGCCGUGCCACUGCCUCCAUCAACACAGGCUGGAACCCCAACUCGGCAGACAGGACCAGAGCUCUCUGUGAGUUCUGGGUCCUUCUCAUCACGGAGCCUGAUUCCAGUCUGGGAGACAGAAUCUGGCAGGGGCAUAAUGGAAGAACCGGAUCUCACACUGGUGAGCCUCAGUGAUGUCAGUAUUGAAACAGACUUUUUUGCCUUAUCCCUUGAAGAGAAGGAAAACGAGGCCCAGAGCAGCUUUCAGGCCAGUCCCUGUCCACAUGCCACAGGACACUGUGCAACAGAAGCUUCAGGACAUUCUCCACAGCUGACAGGAAGCUUACAGGGAGCACAUGUGGCAAGGAACCAGCCAUUCACGACGAGAUGCUCCCAGAGGCAGAAGCAAUUACAAAACAAAACUCGGGCCAGUGAAAAUUCCCAAAGCAAACUAUUCAGGGAGAAACCUGGAGGUUCUGGGAGUCGCCUCAAGGGUGUGAGCAGAGUCUCUACUUCUACAGAAGACCGAAGGCCCUUCACACACCAAAGGGCCCUGAGGCUGUACAAUCACACAGCUGAAGUGAAGCAUCAGAUGGAGGAAAAAGCAAGACAAGAUGCUUAUGCACAAAAUAGAGCAAGAGCAAAAGAAUUUCACAAAAAAACACUAGAGAAACUUCGAGCCAAGAACACAUACUGACUAAUAAACUAUUUAUUUAUGC